UUUUUUUGCAUUUGUAGAUGCAAGUGGUGCAGAAAUUACACACAUAUCAGAAACAGUCAAUAUUCAGAGGAUUGUGUCCUCUGGUGGUAGAGAAGAGGAAUUGCAGGCAAAGAUGUGACUUAGUAUCUGUUAUAAAUAGGCUGAGAGACAGAACCCAGAGGGGAUCCCAUUUACGGAUGGACUGCCUUUCUGUCAUUAUGCAACUGAAAGCCUCUCUGGCCCCCCUGUAUUAUCUCUGCCCAUGCCAGGCCUGUCUCCACAUGAGAGUGGCUCUAAGGAAGCAGCUGCACCGAAGGGAAGACAAUAUGGGAUGGAGGCAGAGGAGUGGAAUCAGUGGCAGAGUGAGUUCAGAGGGCAGAUCAGAGCGCUGCGACACUGGCUCAAGGCCAUGGAGAUGAGACUUCCAACACUGGAUCCUGCUCUGCAAAGUGAUGGUCAGUCAAGUUCGGACCAGGAAUCAAGUCUAGAACAAUGGAAGGGUGCCAGAAGUGCGUUGGCUCUGAAAGAUGAGUUAAGAGAUCCAUUGACAUUCCAGCAAAAUCUGGAAACAUUGAUGACAUGGGUUUGUGAAAUUGAAGAACUGACAGCCAAUCAAAAACCACCAUCCUCAGAGUUCAAGGUGGUGAAAGCCCAACUGCAAGAACAAAAGCUCCUACAGCGCCUACUAGAGGACAGGAGACCCAGUAUGGAGACAAUGAUGCAGGAAGGCCCAAACCUGGCAGAUGGACUUCAGGAAGAUGACAGUGAAAAGACCAAACUCAAGCUUGCACAACUUAAACUCAAGUGGGAAGCUCUGGUUCAGGGUGCCAAUAGCAGGCAUACAAUUCUGGAGGUAAUUCUGCCAGUGGCUCAGCUGUUCCAGGAGAGGACAGACAGUCUUCAGCAAUGGCUCAUGUCUGUGGAUCAGGACCUAGCUGAGCUCCGCUCAACAGAGAGAGGGAUGAUUCAUCUGCAAGAAGCCACCAGACAGGCCAAGGCAGUCAUGGAAGCGAUGAAAGCAAAGAGUGUCGACUUAGGGAAACUCCAACAGUGUGCUCAUGAGCUCAUGGAAAAGAUUUCAGAGGAGGAAAUGCAGCUGGUGCAGGAGCGGGUAGACAGUCUGCGGAUCCGGUACUCUGUGUUGAGUCUGGGCAGUGCUGAUGUCCUGCAGAGGCUGGAACAGGCUCUCGAGGCAUCUAGUCGAUGUACCUCCAGUCAGGAGGACCUGCACCUGUGGCUGGGUCGCAUCGAGAGAGAACUGCUGGUCCCUGGUAACCAGGGCCAGACUGGGGACACAGUCUUGUGUUCUGCUGAGAGACAGAAGCUGGAACAGGCUGUUGAAAAGGAGUUGUCUUGGUUCAGAGACACCUCACUGGCACUGGAGAAGCUCAGUGCAAUUAAUCUAGACCCAGAGGUCAUCACAACCCAGCUCAAUGAGCAUAAAAUACUUGCUGUAGAGAUUCUGCAGCACAAAUUUAACAUUGAGAAAAUGGUGAAGAUUUUGGAACUCCUACAGACGUACAGUGAGGAUGGGGAGACUUUGAGUCUCCAGUCACGCCUAGACACCUUACAGGAGCAGUGUCAGGUCACUGCUGCCACUAAUUCCCAUGUCGUGCUUCAACUGGAACACGCUCAGUCACUCUUGUCUCAGUUCUCAGAGGGCUACGCUGAGGUGUUACCAUGGUUACAGGAAACCAAAGCACUAAUUGGCCAGUUUACCCUGAACACCAUCAGCUACGAGGCUUUCCGAGAACAACAGGACCUCUUGCAGGGUGUCAGGGAGUCCAUAGCAGAGCAUAAGCCUCUGAUGGCACGCCUUAGCAUGCUGGCCAAGCGUCUGUCAGACCUGAAUCCAGAUCAGGGACUGGAGUUCUGCCAGAAAGCCAAAGACUCUGAAGAGCAGCACCUGGCCAUCAGAGACAAGGUUCGAGAGGCUGCUGGGGUUCUGGAGGAGUCUCUGCCCCGCUACACACAGCUGAAUGAAAGGAUGACUCUGAUUGGAGAGAGACUGGGGCAUCUGUGCAGUCACCUCCAGGCCUCAGUGGCUCUACAGAGCUUGACCCCACGAAUUCGGGAGCAGCUGCAGGACAACAAGCACACAUUGACUGAGCUCUCCAAACUGGAUCUGGAUCUCAGCAGCGUGAGGACACAAGCUCAUGAGCUCCUGACCAACACCAGGGCUGUUGGGGAAAGUUCCAUUGGCACAGCCAUUCAGGAGCGGGUGUGCUGUCUAUCAAGCCACUGGGAGGAGGCGCAGAGACAAGCUCAGGAGAGGGAGAAGUGGCUUCUCAAUGUCAUGGAUCUGGCAGUCAGGUUCUGGAAUGAUGUGAGUGACAUGACAGCUGGACUGUAUGAUACCCAGCAGGCCGUUCUGGACCUUAACUCCAGUCGAUCCGAUUCUGAGACCAUCCGACAGAGCCUAGAGACCAUGCAGACACUCAGGGAGGACAUUGACUCACUGCAAGGUGACCUGGACACAUUAGGAAUUCUAGGAAUGGAACUCAUGUCAGCUUGUGGUGACACAGACAAACCGGAGGUCACCAAAAGUUUAGAUGAGCUCUACUGCACGUGGAACAAUCUCAGUAAGAUCUGGACAGAGUGCAACAGUAAGUUAGAGGAAUAUUUGCGAAUGACUCUCCAUUAUCAGGACAGCAUGCAGGGUCUCUUUGAGUGGUUGAAGUCUGCAGAGCUGAAAUCCACUGAAGAGUUUUCAGUGGGUUCUGACCUGGGAUCAAUCAAAGAGCAGCUAUGUGACCUGAAGGAAUUUAAGCGAGAGCUCUAUCAGAAGAAGAUCGAGAUUGAGAGUCUGAACCAUCGCUUCGUGUGUCGUCUUUCUCCGGGCACCGAACGGCCUGGAUCUAUCUCUCCACUGUGUGACUUCCGCCAGCGAUGGGACAGCCUGGAGUCAGAGACUGUCAGCAGACAGCACCAGCUGGAGUGUGCACUGCUAGGAUUGGGUCAAUUCCAGAACACACUAGACGAGUUGCAUGCCUGGCUCUCCCACACGGCUCACCUAAUGCAGGCCUCUCAGCCAAUCAGCAUUGACCUCCAGACCUGUGAGAUAGAGCUAGCCAAACACAAGGUUCUCAGUAAUGACGUGAUGUCCCAUGUGCACACGGUGGACUCUUUGAACCUGGCCGGAAGGAAUCUGCAGGAGUCCAGGGCAGGAGACAGCUCACAAGUCCUACAGACUUGUCUGGAAAAGCUGAAUGAACGCUGGGAAUUUGUGCGCUGUGAGACCGAGCGCAGACAGCUAGAGCUGGAAAAUAACCUCAGUCAGGUUCAGGAUGUAACCAUGGAGAUCCAAGAUCUCCUGCAGUGGCUGGAACACACAGACCUGAGGCUGUCGUCCAGUAAGACAGUGUGGGGUAUGCCAGACUCCGCCAACGAGAGACUGAAUGCUCACUUGGAUUUGUGUAAUGAGAUGGAUUCUAAAAUGCACGCCUAUACAAAUGUACGCAACGCCAUCAACAGGAUGCUUGAGGGCAGUGACGUGGCCCGGGGCUCCAGUACUGAGCACAGCUUAUGCAUACUGGAGCAGAAAUGGAGCUCUGUCUAUGCCAAAAUGCAAGAACGAAAGGCAAAGCUGACAGAGGGACUUGGUCUUGCUAAAGAGUUUAACAGUAAUGUCCAAGACCUGCUGACCAAAAUGGCCAAGUGUGAGGAGACCAUAACCACUUUACCUGCACCCAGCUUCAUCCUGGACACCAUCUCCUCACAGCUCCAGGAGCACAGGAUGCUGGUGAGUGAAGUGCAGUCUUACGGUGAAAGAAAGAUGAGUAUGGAGAACGCUGCCACACGUCUGUCUGAACUCAGUAGGAAGGAUGACUGUGAUGUCGUGCAGAACCUGAUCAUAACCGUUCAGGACCGAUACAGAAAACUUCUCCAACACACCACAGAGAGAGGGAAAACACUGGAGGAUGUCAAAAGACAUGCCAAACAGUUCAGUGAAUUGUGGCAUUUCCUGGUGGACUGGAUGGCAGAGGUAGAACAGACGCUGGAUACACACAAAGAGAUCGCUGUGUCACAAGAAGAGAUCAAACAACAGCUCACUGAACAAAAGGAGUUCCAGAAGCUUCUUCACUCAAAGAGGCCCAUGUAUGAGGCUUGUCUGAAGAGUGGCCGCUCACUACUGGAGAAAGCCCAGAGCCCUGAGGACACACAACACCUGGAGAACAUGGUGUCUGAGCUCAGAGACUCAUGGGACACCAUUGGUGGUAAAUCCAGCGAGAGGCAACAUAAGUUAGAAGAGGCCCUGCUGUUUUCAGGCAGGUUCACUGAUGCUCUGCAGGCUCUGAAUGAUUGGCUGUACAGAGCAGAGCCACAGCUAGCUGAAGAUGUGCCUGUCUGUGGUGAAAAAGACCUGGUCAACAAUCUCAUUGACAAGCACAAGAUGUUCCAGCGUGAACUCGGGAAGCGUGCCAGCUGUAUCCGCACACUGAAGCGGUCUGUCAGGGAUCUGACACGGAGCAGCACAGCAGAUGCCCACUGGCUGCAGGAGCAAAUGGAAGAGUUGGAGGGCCGUUGGGAGGCUGUGUGUAAACUCUCUGUGUCUAAACAGGCUCGACUAGAGGCAGCACUUCAACAGGCGGAAGAGUUUGAUGGAAUGGUUCACUCGUUCCUAGAUCAUCUCGCAGAUGUUGAGAGGGUUCUGAAAUAUGGAGUGCUACCUGAGGAAGAGGUGACCCUUUUGGCCUUUCAUACACAUCAUCAGGAGUCGAUGAAUUGCUUGAAUGGUCAACAGAUGGCACUAGAGAACAUUCGUAAACUGGGCAAAGAGAUUCUGUCCUUGUGUCACCCUGACUCAGUCAUCACAAUCAAAUCAUGGAUCAGCAUCACAAAGACUCGCUAUGAAGAGGUCCAGACAUGGGCGAAGCAGCAGGCCGAGAGGAUUCAGAGCAUACUGUCUGCUCUAGAGUCAGAGAAAGAGGAAGUACAGAAACUACUUGACUGGAUAUCCUCUGCUGAGGAGUCUCUCAGUCUAAAAGAACAGGAACCAUUGCCUGAAGACAUAGAGCUCGCAGCAGAGCUCAUUACUCAACACUCGGUGUUUAUGGAUGUGAUGAAAGGGAAGGUUCCAGAGGUUGAGAAUGCCACGAAAUCUUGUAAACAUAAGGUGAUUCUUAAGCAACAGGUUUCUCCUAGUCGCAAGGCACCAACAAAAAAGAGAGGCACAGCGAAGCCCCAACUGUCAGUACCUCUUCCUCUGGAGAAACUGGACCCUCAGACCCCUCUGAUGUGUCAGCUGGUCAGUCACUGGCAGAAACUCUGGCUUCUAGCCCACAGCAGACAGGGCAAGCUGGAAGAACAUCUGCAGAAGCUCAAAGAGUUGGAAGAGUUUGCAAACUUUGACUUCAACAUCUGGCGGAAAAGGUACAUGCAAUGGAUCAGUCACCUCAAAUCCCGCAUUUUGGAUGUUUUCCGUACUAUUGAUCGAGAUCAGGAUGGCCGUAUUACCCACAAGGAGUUCAUCAACAAUGUUCUGGCCUCGAAAUUCCCCACCAACUCCCUGGAAAUGACUGCAGUUGCCAACAUAUUUGAUGUUAAUGGUGACGGCUUCAUUGACUACUAUGAAUUUGUGAGUGCCCUCCACCCAAGCCGAGAUCCUUACAGAAAGACAUUAGAUGCUGACCAAAUCAAUGAGGAGGUGAGUCGGCAGGUAUCUCAGUGCAACUGUCCAAAGAGAUUUCAAGUAGAGCAAAUUAGUGCAAACCGCUACAGGUUUGGAGACUCUCAGCAGCUGCGAAUGGUUCGUAUUCUACGAAGCACUCUGAUGGUGCGAGUUGGUGGUGGAUGGACAGCACUAGAUGAGUUUCUGGUAAAGAAUGACCCCUGUAGAGUAAAGGGACGAACAAACCUGAAGAUAAAGGAGAAGUAUCUCUCUCCAGAUCCUUUUGAAACAUCAGGCCGCAGAGGAAGCGCUAAAGGUCUGACUGUGAGCAGAUCCAACUCCAGUCUCAGUUUAUACAGCAGUGCCUCAGCUCCCAGCAGCCCCCUCACCCGCAAGGCGCUGUUGCGCAGAAGUUUCUCUGGGGAGAGGUGUAUACGGCCCAGGAGCUCUAUUGCUGCAUUGGGAACGGAUAGUUUCUCUGCCGGAGGAGACGAUGACUCGCCUUCACCUUCAGAAGAUGCUGAGAGAGCGCCCACGUGACCGCCUUCUGCCCCCCACACCAUGAGAGCGACCAAAAUGGAGUUCCUUACUGUACUGAGGCCCAGAUCGAUGGAGCCUCAUAUCAGUGGCUACAUGUCAGACUUCCAUCAAGACAGCACAGCCAUCUCUCUGGCCAGAACUCAUAUGAUUCAUGUGAGCUAUGAGGUCCUGUGUUUGGACCAACAGUCAAAUAUUAAGCAAGGUCUGUUUCCAAUGAUGCCAUUGGAUUGUUAGCUCUACAGACUUUGUUUUUUACAAAUGGACUUGAUAGUAUUGAGAGACCAGUAAAAUGUCUUGCAUGGGUUUGAACAGCAUGCAGCUUAUGUAGUGCUUUACACAAGAUAUAUGCAGAGAGGUAAUUAUAUUCUUUAGUUUCCCUGUGUAAGGUGAGUGUUUUAUCUCACUCUGCAUUGUUACAAUAUGAGUAAGGCCACUGCCUUUUUUUAUAUUAGUUGAUUUGAGCAACCUAUUCAUAAUCAAGUGUUUGAACACUCUUGCAUAUAUACAUUUCAGAUAAAAGACACCCCACAGAUGAUGAUGCAAACUAGAAAAUGAACAGAUCUAGGCCUUCUUAAUGUAGGCUUGAGAAAUAUCUGCUGUCUUUACGAAGAGCACUGGUUUGAGGGUCCAUGUUUUUGUAUGUUUCACUGUAAUAUCGUCAUGUUUGAGUACCAGACUAUUUCAAGGUGUGGUCUAGACUAGAGAAUGAAUUUAACUCCCAUUUUGAAAGUUUUGUGGCUUUUUAGUCUAAACAAAACUAUCCUGUAGCAGAUCCUUUACACUUUUGACAGACUUUUGGGAAAAUUGACAUAAAUAUUGAUGACUCAUCUUGCACUUAUGGGCAUAUUAAAAAUUUUGUCCAAAAAAUGCUUUUUUCAGUGACAGUUUGCCUCCCUAAAACCAACUUCUGACUAGCAAUAACAAGUAGUUAAUAAUGGUUCAAGACUUUGACGCAAAAUGAAGGCUAUUCGAUAUUUAUAAAAAAAAAAUACAUAAAAAAACGACAAGCCCUUCAAUAUGUCCCACCCCAAGAAUAAUAAAAAAUUUUUUUUGAAUAAAUACGUCAACACAGGGAAAAUAAACUCAUCAAGCCAUUUCAUGGAGCCUUUAAAGAUUUGGUUAACUCCAUUUAAUUGUGAGUUCUGACUCAUUUGUUUCCCUCCUUUUACGUCCCAAAGUCAGUAAAUUGUAAAUUAGUGUGAUAUCCGGUUUAAAGUCACUUGUUGUUUUUUUUUACCUAAAUAAUGUUCUUUUUUUUAUUUUGAACAGUCAUGUCAUCAGUUCUAAUAACUUCCUGUAAGGAUAUGAAGGUGUAGGUCUCCGUGAGAUUAGCCUGACAUGCCUUGACAAAUGCUCCUUUUUCAGUGCCAGCUGUGAUUUUAUUUUAUUUAUUUUUUUGCUGUAUUUGAUCCAAAUGAAACCACAUUGAUAUGAAAUGCUUUUGUAUUGUGUCCUGCUCAGGGCAAAUUCUGCUGUAUAAAUCUUUUGCAAAUUAUUUUCUUUUCUUUUUUGGAAUGUAUUGGGUUGAAUUAUUCUACUAUUGUACAAGUGUUAUGGUUGUAGCAUUUGAUUCAAUUUACAUAUCAAAUAUGUGUGUCUUUUAAUUGUAUGCAUAUACAGUUUGAUUCUCUUAAUUUUGGGAGUUGAAAUGGUUUUUGAGGGUUUAGGAUUACAGCAUUUAAUGAGCGACUUAAGCCCAAAGUAUACUUCGAUUUUGACGCAAACGCUCAGCGUCUGCUUACAGUGGAACGUAAGCCUGUCAAAGUAUACUCCAUUUGACCGUGCGCGCAUACACAGGCGUUUGGUGCAUGCGUGCUAUGACUGCCAUAAGAUGCUGGACAAUUUAUUUUCAUAAGUUUAGACCCAUAAAGAUGUCUUUAUAGUCCUUCAUACUCAAGUUAUCCAAAUGCUGGUAUCUCCUGUCCUCCUCACACACGCGCUCUUGACGUGCACAUCCACUGUUGUUGUUUUUAACUUCUCCUGUUAUUUACCUGUGAUUACAUCUUCUAGCUUUUCUUCGUGACAGCAAUGGCUCAAAUGUGAGAAUUUCUACCUUGUGGAGCCAGUAAUUCGUGCAAACAAUUUCACGCACAUGCGCAUUCUGCAUGUUCAAAGAUGCACGGUUAGAAAAAUCGGGCUGUGCGCAUUCAGUGCUCGAGUAUGUCGGGAACUCCGUGCCAAAACCGAAGCAUCUGACCAACCGACAGACUGACCGAACGUCUAAGAGCGGGCGUACACGGUGCGAUUUACAGCUGUCGCGCGAACACCUAAUCGAUUUUUUCCAGUCGGUAGAGAUCGUGUGGAAAUCGUUGGUGCUCAUGUGGUCACGGCUCACAUCGUGUGAGAGGAAUUAUGAGCGGAACCGAGUGGCUUACGAGCAGCUCAUGGCCUCCGAAAAUUUUUAAAAUUGUCUAAAAAAUUGUGCUGCUGUCAGCUUGAAUUUGUGAGGUGUGUGCGGUUGAACGAGCCAAUUUGGCGAUCUACCUGAAAUUAUAUGAGUUUUCAGCUAAUGCAGCCCCUGGCUAUGCCAGUCUUCUUUUUUAUUUCUAAAUCGCAAACUACGAGGAAUUAAAGCAAUGUCCUCCUCUAGCUUUAUGUCUUAUAAUGAUAAAUAGCACAAAAAUUUGUGUGAUUGCUUCGGAAUUCGCCAGGUUGUUAAGUCGUGUCAUGUACGAUUGCACCUGUACGAUUAUCAGAUAAACUGACUUUUAACAUAUGCAGGGGCUCACGACCUCCCGAGUGUCAGAACUAGCACCAUGUACGCCUGGCUUUAUCGAAUGUCUUGGAGCAUCUUACACAGCUGGUGACCCACAUGACGACCUGACAUGAUGUCGACAUCUUGAAAUUAGCUGUUUUUUUUAACUAGGUAAGGAUCCAAGCUGUUGUUUAAAGACUAUAAAUGGACAAUACAGGUACUAGAUGUAGAUAUUUUAUACCUAAAACAAUACUCAACCAUUUUUCCUGUGUCCUGCUGUACUUCCCUCAAGAAGCAUUUAGAGAAAGGUGUUGUAGGCUAUUCUAAGUCAUUCUGAGUGAUGAACUGAUCUCUAUAAAUAAAGCUAUCACAUGUC